GUUUUCUCCGACUCGUUUCCUCAUGGAGAAGGUGACCGUAAAAGUGGAGGCGGAGCCGCUGGAGCUGCAGGAACCACUGGGGCGGUCCCUUCUGCUUAAAGCACCACCUUCUUUCUACGGUGAUGUCUCCGUGAUAGACCUCAGCAGCAGCGAAAGUGAUUCCGAGGCUGAGAUAGAGAGGUCUAGGGCUUCGGAUGGUUCCUCAGGGGCUGCCAAGAAACGCAAAUUUGAUGGCAUGAUGAUGGAUAAUCUUCCUCCGGGUUUUCUCGACCCACUUCCGGCGUCGGGGGAGAAAUUAAAUCAGCUUUCGAUGUCGACGGCGCAAACUCUUGGUUCAAGACAGUUCUGGAAGGCCGGGGAUUUUGAUGGUCCGCCAAUUGUUGAUGAUUCAACGCAAUUUUCUUCGGGCAUGGACCAUGUCAGAGUGCAUCCUAAGUUUCUGCAUUCAAAUGCUACAAGCCACAAGUGGGCGCUUGGAGCUUUUGCAGAGUUGUUGGACAAUUCACUUGAUGAGGUUUGCAAUGGAGCUACCUUUGUGAGCAUAGACGUGCUAAAAAAUAAGAAAGAUGGAACCAAAAUGUUACUUAUUGAAGAUAAUGGCGGUGGUAUGAAUCCUGAUAAAAUGCGGCAGUGUAUGUCUCUUGGUUAUUCCACAAAGAGCAAAAUAGCAAAUUGUAUUGGACAAUAUGGGAAUGGAUUUAAGACGAGUACCAUGAGGCUUGGUGCAGAUGCCAUUGUUUUCUCUUGUUGUCGCGGCGAAGGAAAAAGCCCUACGAGGAGCAUUGGGAUGUUGUCUUACACAUUUCUAAGGAACACUGGUAAAGAAGAUAUUGUAGUUCCCAUGCUUGAUUAUGAAAAGAAGGGACAAUAUUGGGAAAAAUUGACGCAUUCAUCUGCAAUUGAUUGGAAUAAAAAUGUGGAUAUUAUUGUACAGUGGUCUCCUUAUUCUAGUGAGGCUGACCUUCUUCAGCAGUUUGAUUUGAUGUCGGAUCAUGGGACUCGGAUAGUGAUAUACAACCUAUGGGAAGAUGAUCUAGGAAAACUGGAGCUUGAUUUUGACACUGACAAAAAUGAUAUUCAAAUUAGAGGUGUCAAUCGAGACGAGAAAAAGAUUCAAAUGGCUCAACAAUUUCCAAACUCUAAACACUUCUUGACAUACCGUCAUUCUCUGAGGAGUUAUGCCUCAAUUCUUUACCUCAGGCUACCAAGUGGUUUUAGAAUGAUUCUGCGUGGCGAGGAGAUUGAGCACCACAACAUUGUGAAUGACAUGAUGCUAAAACAGGAAGUCACUUACCGUCCAAAUCCUGGCACUGACAGGGUUCCUAAGGAUCCAAAUCUCGUUGCUGUUGUGACAAUUGGUUUUGUAAAAGAUGCAAAGCAUCACAUUGAUGUUCAAGGAUUUAAUGUCUACCACAAAAAUAGGCUGAUAAAGCCUUUUUGGAGAGUAUGGAAUGCUGCUGGUAGUGACGGCCGAGGUGUGAUAGGUGUUUUGGAGGCCAAUUUUGUGGAGCCGGCUCAUGAUAAGCAGGGCUUUGAACGCACUACUGUUCUUUCAAGACUUGAAUCACGUUUGAUUCUGAUGCAGAAAAAUUACUGGUCAACCAACUGUCAUAAAGUCGGCUAUGCUCCUAGAACCAGUAAAAGAAAUGUUGACUCGGAUGACAAUGAUAGCUCUCCUGAAGUUCCUCGCCCACAUUCCAAGAAGGUUGUGUAUGCCAACAAAACGUCCAGUGAUUCAAAAAAAUAUCAGUACUCAGGCAAGUUUCUUUCAAAUGUGAGCAAAAAGGGGAAAAACAUCUCAACUACUGAAUUACAUAAGGCUGGAAUCACAACACCUUUAAAGGAAAAUGGAACCAGCAGUGAGAAGUUUGGCAAAAGUAAAGGAUCUUCUCAUCAUAUAAGACCCCAUGAAUUGUCUUAUGAACAUAAUGAGAGCAGUUCUGCGAGUGAAAAUAUUUCAUCUGUUCCAAAUGUUUCCCCUGCAAGAAAAUUAUCUGAUAAAGAGAGCAGUUGUCCAGAAUUGUUGAAUACAUCUCCAGGUUCUUUGAAGCAUAGUGGCGGAGGCAUUGAUGGCAUCACUACCAGAUCACAGACAAAGGCAGCGUCAAUAAUGCCCAAGGAAGGUGCUCCUGCUCCAGUGGUAAAUCAGUCAAAGAUGAAGCAAUUAGAAGAUGAAAAUUAUGCUUUGAAGCAAAGGUUAAAGACAAUUGAGGAGUCAAUGUUACUUGAGCUGCAGCAUGAAAGAAAUAAAAUCAAAACACUGGUUGACCAGCUGGAAGAGAAAGAGAAGAAGCUUGAAGAAGCAAACAAGGAGCAGGACAGGAAGCUUUAGUCGACAUUUUUCGACAUUUUUUCGGAAGAAAGGUCCAGGAGAGAUGAAGAAGAGGCAUCAUUAAAGAAGAAGCUAAAGGAUGCUCAGGAUGAAAUACAUGCCUUGCUAGAGAAGUUGGCCUCAGCCAAGUAAUAAUUCUAGUUGUAUUUGAAGGCUGGAGUAGAGAAAAAUUUGAAGGCCCAUUGAUUGGAGUUCUGAGCUCUCCAGGAGAAAACAGCUCAUCCCUCUCAGGGCCUCGUCCGAAAGAUUCUGACACAUCUUUGGUACUAUCUGCACUAAUUUCCUUUUGAUUAUUUUGUUUCCUUCACUAAUUUUUGACCUUUGUAAUUAUGCUAUUUCUGUGGCAGAAAUCCCUAACCCUCUCUUCUUUAACCCCCAUACCAAAUUUCUGUAGGCAUAGUUUAGGAGAUCCUCUUCAUUGGUCCGAGCUUUUCAUUCUUUAUUGUUAGCUGCUAGUCUAGAAAGAGAGAGAUAGUGGGUGUGUGUCUGUCAUUGUAAACACUUUGUUCUGAGGGUAUCAUCUCCCAUGCUAGUAUUGUAAUUACUAAGAAUUAUUUAAUUAUUUCCUCUUUUUUUCUUUUUAACUGCUUCAUUUGAUGUCAAACUAAAAUAAACAACGAUAUUGCUCUGAAGUCGUCUGAAA